AUGGCAAAAACAACCUACUUAUUCACCUUUCUCCACAUCUUUCUCCUCACUCUUUUCCCUCCCAAAACAAUUUCCUCCCCAACGACAACACCACCACCACAAGAAGCUGAUGCUCUACUGAAAUGGAAGAGCACUCUAUCCCCAUCUCCACAUCUCAACUCAUGGUCCCCAAAAAACAUAGAGAACACUUGCAACUGGGCUGGCAUCACCUGCCGUGCUAACCCAACUUCCAUCUCCAAAAUCGACUUAAAAUACGCAACCCUCACCGGCACUUUAGAUCACUUCAAUAUCGCCUCAUUCCCUUAUCUCGAAAUUUUUGACCUCAGUGGCAACAAUUUCAAUGACUCGAUUCCGGCCCGUAUUGGCAGCCUCGCCAGGCUCACUCGAUUGGACUUGGGCAGUAACAGUUUCGGAAACUCUAUCCCCAAAGAGAUUUUCAGUUUGACUAAUCUCAAUCAAAUGAGCCUCUACAACAACAACCUCAACGGAGUGAUCCCUUCCCAAAUCGGCAAUCUUCGGAAGUUGGAGUUUCUGAAUCUUGCCUCCAAUUACCUGGAGGUACCCGAUUCGUCGAUAAUCCAAAGCAUGCCCGUGUUGCGCCAUCUUGAUCUUAACCUUAACGAGCUCACGUCCGAAUUUCCAUCUUUCAUUUUGAAAUGUCCCAACCUCACUUAUCUCGAUUUGUCAAGCAACAGCUUGUCUAGUUGUAUUCCUGAAUCUUUGUUCAGUAAUUUGGUUAAGCUUAAAUAUCUUAACCUCAGCAUGAAUUCCUUUGAAGGCCAAUUGUCCAAGUAUAUCUUCAAGCUAUCAAAUUUAAUCGACCUCCGAUUGGCAGAUAACCUCUUCUCAGGCGAAGUACCUGAUUCCUCUAGCUUACCACGUAAUCUUGAAAUUCUCGAGUUGCAGAACAAUUCCUUUGCAGGAAAAAUACCAUCCUCUGUAGGGCAACUCAUGAAUCUAAAGCGGCUCGACCUUAGCAUGAACAUGUUGAAUUCGACAAUACCUGUCGAGCUCGGUCAAUGCACUAGGUUGACUUAUUUAGCUCUGGCCAAGAAUUCCCUUUCUGGGCCUUUGCCUCUGUCAUUAUCCAACUUAGCCAGUUUAUUCGAACUGGGAUUAUCGGAUAAUGAUUUGUCCGGCACAAUCCCGCCUCGCUUUCUCACCAACUGGGCCAAACUGACAUCACUGCAGCUUCAGAAUAACAAUUUAAGCGGCAGAAUUCCAUCAGAGAUAGGAAAACUGACAGACCUCAACCUCCUCUACAUCUACAGCAACAAUUUGUCGGAUGAAAUCCCACCAGAGAUAGGGACUUUAAAGAAAAUCUUGCAGCUAGACCUUUCGUCCAAUCGCCUCUCUGGAAAAAUACCCUCGACCAUCAGAAACCUCAAGAAUCUCACACACAUUAGCCUUUUCUCCAACGAACUCACCGGAAAUAUUCCGCCUGAAAUCGGGAAUUUGAAUUCCCUCGAAGUUCUUGAUCUCAGCCAAAACCGGUUGAGCGGGUCCUUACCAAACUCUAUCUCCAACCUUUCUAAGCUUACUUACUUAUCCGUUUUCAACAACAAUCUCUCAGGACCCAUCCCUCAAGACCUGGGAAAGAAGAGUUCCCAACUGGCUGGCAUAAGCUUGUCAAACAAUAGCUUUUCAGGCCUUCUGCCGCCAAACUUAUGCUACGGCCUAGCCUUGGAAACCUUCACUUUAAACAUGAAUGGAUUUUCGGGCCCCUUGCCGCACUGUAUCAGGAGCUGCCGAGGCCUAAAGAGGGUGCGUCUCGAAAUGAAUCAGUUAUCUGGUGACAUUUCAGAUGCAUUUGGCAUUCAUCCGCAACUCGAGUUCUUAAGCCUGAGUUGGAAUCGGUUCACCGGCCAGAUCACGCCCAAAUGGAGAAAGAGUGAGAGCAUCACGGAUAUUCGGAUGGGUCACAACAACAUAUCAGGCCCUAUUCCAGCUGAGUUAGGUAGUCUCGAAAAACUCCGCGUUCUAGACUUGAGCUCAAACAAAUUGACGGGCAACAUUCCGGUUGAACUUGGAAAGCUGAACCGAUUGCUUAGUCUCAAUCUCAGCGGCAAUCUUUUGAAAGGACAAAUUCCAAGGGAAAUGGGGCAGUUGAGAAUGGUUGAGUACAUUGAUCUGUCGCGAAAUCAACUCCUGGGUAAAAUUCCAGGAGAAGUUGGGAAUCUGGUUCACUUACUAGGCCUCGACUUGAGCAGUAACCGUUUAACAGGGAAGAUUUCGAACAAAAUAAGCGGAUUAAAGAGGUUGCAAUAUUUCUUGGACCUCAGUAACAAUAGGUUGUCGGGGGCGAUCCCUUUGUCGUUGGGGGCCCUCGCUUAUUUGGAGAGUUUGAACCUGUCGCAUAACAAUCUUUGCGGCAAAAUGCCUAAAGCAUUGUGUGGUAUGAAUGGAAAAAAAAAAGAAAAAAAGAAGAAGAAGAAGAAGAAGAAGAAGAAGAAGAAGAAGAAGAAGAAGAAGAAGAAGAAGAAGAAGAAGAAGAACUACCAGCACCUCCAUCGAGUUUGUCAAUCAAGAAACCAAGACACUAAAAUCCCCUUAAACAUGCCCUGA